AUGGUCAAGGUGCGUGUGGCCCCCGGCGUCCGCCCGAGACCAGUGCGGACGGGUGGAAGGCGAGGAGAAAGAGGGAGGGCGGGUCGUCUUUAUUCUGCCUUCCUUCUGGCCUCUGCACGGCCCCUCUCCCCUCCUGCGGCUAGCUGGGGUGAAGACCCAAAUCCAAACCUCGGGGGAAGGGGCCCCAGGGGUCCCAGGCCGGCUCCGAUUCGGAAGAAAACACUAGAAAUUUACUCUGUGGAGCUCAGUGGAACGAAAGACAUUGACCAAACAGACAAGGGGGAUGGCAAGGAGAAGUACAGAGGCCUGAAGAACUGCUUUGAACCCAAAAAGAAUCACCAGAAAGAGGAGCUUAAGAAAGAACUGGAUCUGGAUGACCACAAACUCAGCAUUAAGGAGUUGGAAAAGAAAUAUGGUACAAACAUCAUUACAGGUCUUUCUAGCACCCAAGCUGCUGAGCUCCUGGCUCAGAAUGGUCCCAAUGCCCUCACUCCUCCCAAGGAAACACCGGAGAUCAUCAAGUUUCUCAAGCAGAUGGUGGGAGGGUUCUCCAUCCUUCUGUGGAUAGGAGCCAUCCUGUGCUGGAUUGCAUAUGGGAUCCAGUACUCCAUGAAUAAGUCCUCAUCCCUAGACAACGCGUACUUGGGCUGCGUGCUUGCCUUGGUUGUUAUUUUAACGGGGAUCUUCGCUUACUACCAAGAAGCAAAAAGCACCAACAUCAUGGCCACCUUCAAUAAGAUGAUCCCACAGCAAGCUCUUGUCAUUCGAGAUUCCGAGAAGAAGACCAUCCCUGCAGAGCAACUAGUGGUGGGAGACAUAGUGGAGAUUAAAGGAGGAGACCGGAUCCCUGCAGACAUAAGGUUGUUGUCUGUUCAGGGCUGUAAGGUAGAUAAUUCAUCUCUCACUGGGGAAUCGGAGCCCCAAGCCCGCUCCUCUGAGUUUACCCAUGACAAUGCCCUGGAAACAAAGAACAUCGGCUUCUAUUCUACAACUUGUCUGGAAGCUGAGGACUCCUGGAAUAAAAUGUCUACUUCACCUAUAGGCACAGCGACUGGCAUGGUCAUCAACACAGGCGACCGCACCAUCAUUGGUCAGAUUGCCUCUCUGGCUUCAGGAGUUGGAAAUGAGAAGACACCCAUUGCCAUUGAGAUUGAGCACUUUGUUCAUAUUGUGGGAGGAGUGGCCAUCUCCAUUGGCAUCCUUUUCUUCAUCAUCGCAGUGUCCCUGAAGUAUCAUGUCCUGGACUCCAUCAUCUUCCUCAUUGGCAUCAUUGUGGCCAAUGUGCCUGAGGGUCUCCUGGCCACUGUCACUGUGACUCUGUCGCUGACAGCUAAACGGAUGGCCAAGAAGAACUGCCUGGUGAAGAACCUGGAGGCAGUGGAGACCCUUGGCUCCACCUCCAUCAUUUGCUCAGACAAGACUGGGACUCUGACCCAGAACAGGAUGACCGUGGCCCAUCUGUGGUUCGACAAUCAGAUCUUCAUAGCUGACACCAGUGAAGACCAUUCAAACCAAGUCUUUGAUCAAAGCUCUGGAACUUGGGCCUCCUUAUCAAAGAUAAUAACAUUGUGCAACAGAGCUGAGUUCAGACCGGGACAGGAAAGUGUCCCCAUCAUGAAGAGAGUUGUCGUUGGAGAUGCCUCAGAAACUGCUCUUUUGAAGUUCUCAGAGGUCAUUUUGGGUGAUGUGAUGGAAAUUAGAAAAAGAAACCACAAAGUAGCUGAAAUCCCUUUUAAUUCAACCAAUAAAUUUCAGCUCUCCAUACACAAGACGGAUGACCCCAAUGACAAGCGCUUCCUCCUGGUGAUGAAAGGAGCCCCCGAGCGGAUCUUAGAGAAGUGCAGCACCAUCAUGGUCAAUGGCCAGGAGCAGCCUCUGGACAAGAGCACAGCUGAGGCCUUCCACACCGCGUACAUGGAGCUGGGAGGCCUGGGGGAGCGUGUACUGGGUUUCUGUCAUCUCUACCUGCCAGCAGACGAGUUUCCAGAAUCUUAUUCAUUUGAUGUAGACACCAUGAACUUUCCCACGUCUAACCUGUGUUUUGUGGGGCUCUUAUCAAUGAUUGAUCCCCCCCGGUCCACUGUACCUGAUGCGGUCACCAAAUGCCGGAGUGCAGGGAUCAAGGUUAUUAUGGUUACAGGUGAUCAUCCAAUCACAGCCAAAGCUAUUGCCAAAAGUGUGGGUAUUAUUUCAGCCAACAGUGAGACAGUGGAAGACAUUGCAAAACGCCUCCACAUUGCUGUGGAGCAAGUUAACAAACGGGAUGCUAAAGCUGCGGUGGUAACUGGCACAGAGCUGAAGGACAUGAGCCCAGAACAGCUGGAUGAGCUCUUAACCAACUACUCAGAGAUUGUCUUUGCUCGAACAUCCCCCCAGCAGAAGCUGAUCAUUGUAGAGGGCUGUCAAAGGCAGAAUGCGGUUGUUGCUGUGACAGGGGAUGGAGUUAAUGACUCUCCGGCUCUAAAGAAGGCAGAUAUUGGGAUUGCCAUGGGGAUAGCAGGUUCCGAUGCGGCCAAAAAUGCAGCUGACAUGGUCUUGUUGGAUGACAACUUUGCAUCCAUAGUCACAGGAGUGGAGGAAGGUCGCCUGAUCUUCGACAACCUAAAGAAGACUAUCGCCUAUACCCUGACCAAGAACAUUGCUGAGCUGUGCCCCUUUCUGAUCUACAUCAUUGUUGGGCUCCCUCUGCCUAUUGGCACCAUUACGAUCUUGUUCAUCGACUUGGGCACAGACAUAAUUCCCUCUAUUGCCUUGGCUUAUGAGAAAGCUGAAAGUGACAUUAUGAACAGGAAGCCUCGCCAUAAGAAGAAGGACAGACUGGUGAACCAGCAACUUGCCAUAUACUCUUACCUGCACAUUGGUCUCAUGCAAGCUGUGGGAGCUUUUGUUGUGUAUUUCACCGUGUAUGCGCAGGAGGGCUUUAAACCCAGCAUUCUUGCUGACCUCCGGGUAGAAUGGGAAAACGGCAAUGUGAAUGACUUAGAAGACAGCUACGGACAGCAAUGGACAUGGUACCAGAGGAAAUACUUAGAAUGGACAGGCUACACAGCUUUCUUUGUUGGCAUCAUGGUCCAGCAGAUAGCGGAUGUGCUCAUCAGGAAAACCAGAAGGAACUCCAUCUUCCAGCAGGGCCUCUUUAGAAAUAAAGUCAUCUGGCUGGGGAUUGCCUCACAGAUUAUCAUUGCUUUAAUCCUCUCCUAUGGGCUUGGAAGUGUCACAGCCCUGAAUUUCACGAUGCUCCGGCCUCAGUACUGGUUUGUGGCUGUGCCAUAUGCCAUUCUGAUUUGGGUGUAUGAUGAGGUCCGAAAACUUUUCAUCAGACUCUACCCUGGAAGCUGGUGGGACAAGAACAUGUAUUACUAA